GCGGGCGAAUCUUGAAGAAGGUUAAGAUGGCGGCUUCCAUGGCUGUGUCCCGGGGAAUCCGAUGGCUGGGGACAGCGGCCUGGCGGGUGACCCCUGUGGGGGCCCGCGCAGCCUCGGGCCUCAGCAAGGACAUGCUCCCGGGACCGUACCCCCGCACGCCGGAGGAACGCGCUGCCGCUGCCAAGAAGUACAACAUGCGGGUGGAGGACUACGAGCCCUACCCGGACGACGGCUUCGGAUAUGGUGACUAUCCCAAGCUUCCAGACCACUCUCAGCAUGAACGAGACCCAUGGUAUGAUUGGGACCAUUCAGAACUGAGGCUGAAUUGGGGUGAACCGAUGCACUUUGACUUUGAUAUGUACACUCGGAAUCGUGUGGAUACGUCCCCCACACCUGUCUCCUGGAACACUAUGUGUAAGCAUUUCUUUGGCUUCUUCGGCUUCAUGAUGUUCAUGUUCUGGUUAGGAGAGGUGUUCCCCUCCUAUCGGCCUGUGGCUCCAAAGCAAUAUCCUUAUAACAACCUGUACCUGGAGCGAGGAGGUGAUCCCAACGUAGAGCCAGAGCCUGUGAUACACUAUGAAAUCUGAAGGACCUAGCCUGCAGGGCCACUGACUUUGUCCUGUGCAAGCCUACUCGAUCAGGAAGAUUUAACCUUAAUGAAAUACCUAAUGAAACUCA